AUGCCCCAGAGUUCCACCUCCAGCGAGGAUGAGAUGGCCCAGAGCUUUUCCGACUACUCUGACGACUGUGCCUCUGAGAGCUCCCGUGAAGAAACUAUUUAUGAGACCAUAAGGGCCACUGCUGAGCCAUCACAGACCCGCAUGGACGACAUUCACACAAACUCUCUGGUCAUCCGUGUCCUCAUCCCUGACUUGCAGCAGACUAAAUGCAUGCGUUUCAACCCGGAUGCAACAAUCUGGGUUGCCAAGCAACGAAUCCUUUGUACACUUAAUCAGAGCCUGAAAGACGUGCUCAACUAUGGGCUUUUCCAGCCAGCUAGCAAUGGGAGGGACGGAAAGUUCCUGGAUGAAGAACGCAUCCUUCGAGAGUACCCCCAGCCAAUCAGCAAGGGCGUCCCAUGUUUGGAGUUCCGCUACAAGAGCAGAGUCUACAGACAACCCAAUGUUGACGAGAAGCAGAUUGCCAAACUUCAUACAAAGGCCAAUCUGAGGAAAUUCAUGGACCUUGUUCAGCACGAUCAAGUGGACAAAGUGGCCAAGAUGUUGGAGAGAGGCUUUGAUCCCAACUAUCAUGAUAGCGACACUGGUGAGAGCCCAUUGACAUAUGCAGCUCACCUGGACAAUGCGGUGGAGAUGAUAAAAGUGCUGAGGAACGGAGGGGCUCAUUUGGACUUCAGGGCAAAGGAUGGCAUGACUGCCCUCCACAAAGCUGCAAGGUCCAAGAACCAGGUUAUACUCACGACACUGCUAGAGUUGGGAGCUUCUCCAGACUACAAUGACAGCCGUCUGACUCCCCUGUAUCACAGUGUGGUGGUGGGAGGAGACCCAGGAUGCUGCGAGCUCCUGCUGAAUCACCAUGCUUCUGUCUGCUGCCAAGAUGAGAAUGGCUGGCAUGAAGUUCACCAGGCUUGCCGUCAUGGCCAUGUGCAGCACCUGGAGCAUCUGUUGUUCUAUGGAGCAGACAUGAGUGCCCAGAAUGCCUCGGGAAACACUGCUCUACACAUCUGUGCCCUAUACAACCAGGAUAACUGUGCCAGAGUGCUGCUAGUUCGUGGAGCUGACAAGGAAGUGAAGAACUACAACAGCCAGAGUCCUUUUCAGGUCGCCAUUAUUGCUGGAAACUUUGAGCUUGCUGAGCUCAUCAAGAACCAUAAAGAUUCUGAUAUAGUGCCUUUCCGUGAGGCUCCAGCCUACUCCAAACGCAGAAGGGGUCCAUCUUCUGGUAACGACAGUGGAAACGGCCAGUCACUCUCCUCGUUAUCAGCUCCACGGGUCCUCCUGCGCUCCAACAGUGACAACAACUUAACAGUCAGUCAGUACCAGCAGCAGCACGGUUCUCCUGGCAACUGGGCCCCCCAUCUGCAGCAGCACCAACCACACCGGGCACCCCAGCAGGGUCACUCACAGCCUGGCUCCUCAGCAUUACAUCGCAGCCUGUCACCCCAGCUGCUCCAGCAGAUGCCCAGCGGCAGCCCCAAUGGCAAUGUGGUGGUUCGGACCAUGGGGAGGGGUGCAAGGAGCCGGUCACCUUCCCUCAGCCGGCUAGGGGAGGAGGCCAGACGGGCUGUACCUUCACAGCGCCAACCAAGUCCCAGCAGUCAUGGCGAGGCAGUCGGAACUAGAAGGAAGCUGUACAGUGCAGUUCCAGGAAGACAUUUCGUAGUGGUUCGUCCGUAUACUGCCCAGGCCGAAGGAGAGAUUAACCUCUACAAGGCCGACAGGGUCAAAGUUCUGAGCAUCGGAGAGGGGGGAUUCUGGGAAGGCAGCGCCCACGGCCAGGUGGGCUGGUUUCCAGCCGACUGUGUAGAGGAGAUCCCAGCCAAGGCCACUGAGGAGCGGAACUAUUCCCGAGCAGACCGUGCUGACAGACGGAAGCUCUUCAGGCACUACACUGUGGGCUCCUAUGACAGCUUUGAUGCUUCAAGUGACUGCGUGGUGGAUGAGAAGACGGUGGUGCUGCAGAAAAAGGAGAAUGAGGGAUUUGGCUUCGUCCUGCGUGGGGCUAAAGCGGAUACACCUAUUGAGGAGUUUACUCCCACACCUGCCUUUCCUGCCCUGCAGUACUUGGAGUCAGUGGAUGAGGGAGGAGUGGCAUGGCAAGCGGGACUCAGGACGGGGGACUUCCUCAUCGAGGUAAACCAGGAGAACGUGGUGAAAGUGGGCCACCGACAGGUGGUGAAUAUGAUUCGACAGGGAGGCAACCGGCUCCUGAUUAAGGUGGUGACGGUGAGCCGGAAUAUGGACCCUGAAGACACAGCACGCAAAAAAGCUCCUCCACCUCCAAAGAGAGCCCCCACCACAGCCCUGUCAAUGCGCUCUAAGUCGAUGACUUCUGAACUUGAGGAACUUGUGGAUAAAGCCACUCUAAGGAAAAAGAAAGGUGACAAAGUUGAAGAGAUGACACAUGCCCAGAAGACGUCACCUGUUGACAUGAAGAUUGCCACAAUCAAACCACGUCCAUCCAGUCGCUGCUUGGUUACACCUACUGACAUGAACUCCAUGUAUCAUGACCGCCAGGGAGUAGCUGUGGUGCCACCCACUGUGCCAGGAGCCUUCCUGGGGAUACCUGAGAAGGGCACUAUGAAAAAGCAAAAGUCCAUAGGUACAUCGGAGGAUGAGAAACAGGGAUUCCUCACACCUCCCCUACUCAAGUUCUCCCGCAGCCUCUCUAUGCCUGACACCUCAGAGGACAUCCCUCCUCCCCCAGCCAUUUCACCCCCUUCACCACCUGCCUACAACUCAGCUGCUGGCCCUACAACCAAGAGCUAUGGCACCUCACGACCAAGCUUUACCCCAAACUCACCCAAUGCAGUGACAACGAUAAGCCGAACUACUGACGUUGGUACAUUAAGGCGUGGCUAUUUCCGUCAGAGCUCUGAGCAGUUUGAGAGCACGCGUACUCGGGGGCGUACCCCAGUGCCCGAGAACCCUUAUUCUGAGGUGGGCAAUAAGACGCUGUAUGUGCCAGCAAAACCAGCCCGAAGGAAGGGUAUGCUAGUAAAGCAGUCUAAUGUGGAAGACAGCCCAGAGAAAACGUGUCACAUGCCAACAAGUCCCUCAGGCCCAGUUUCUAUGCCUGCUACACCUAUAGAAAGAACAUGCUCUUCUAUCCCCAUCCCCACCAUCAUCGUGAAGGAGCCCUCCACCAGCAGCAGUGGCAAGAGCAGCCAGGGUAGCAGUAUGGAGAUUGAGCCCACAACCCCUGAACACCCUCCUCUCACACCCGCUGUUGGUGGAAGUGGAGGUUUACGUCCUGAAGACCCCCUUUCCCUAAGCAACCCUUUUGCAGCAGCUAUUGCUGGGGCAGUACGGGACCGCGAGAAGAGGCUAGAGGCAAAAAAGAACUCAAUUGCCUUCCAAUCAAUAGAUAUUGGGGAUGAUGACUUGAGCGGUCCCACGCCAACCCCUCGCCUUCGCCAGUCCAAGUCCAUUGAUGAAGGCAUGUUUAGCAGUGAUGAGCGUCUUCAAAGGAUACUAGCCCCUUCUUCAGCAACACAGCUUGGUCCCCCUGUUGGUGGUGGUAGCGGCAAUAUGACAGAUUUCAACACUCCUGAGCCCACAGUUGUUCGGGAGCCACUAAACACCAGAACAGGCCAGUGUCCCAACCUGGACAGUCCUGUUAGCCUCCCAGCCACUCCUCCUAAGAGCCACUACAGGGCCAAUGGAACCUACCUCCAUCCUGUCACUGGCAAACCAUUGGACCCUAAUUCUCCACUAGCUCUGGCCCUUGCAGCUCGUGACCGGGCCAUGAAAGAGCAACAAAACCAUCCUCAGAAUCAGCCACAAAAUCCUCCUCAGGCUCAGCAAACCCCCAAGCAUGAAGCUCAGUCCCUGCCAAUUCAGCAAAGUCACAAACCAGACCUCAACCAGCCUCUAUUUAUUGACACCAAACUACGCUCUGGAAUUGAGACAAGUUUUGCUGCAAUCUCUACAGCAACCAUGGGACGGCCUGGUCGAGGUGGCCUUCAAAGGCAGAUGACAGAGCAGAAGUAUGAGUCUGAUGGAGCGCGGGAAGAGCGGCAGCAUCGGGCACUUGAGGAGAGGAAAAGCGCUCCAGCAGAUGUGGCAGACACAUCACAGCCCAAGUCAGCUGGAUUACUGAUGGUUCACACAAGCACAGACAUAAACAGCAAGGUGAACAACCAAGAUGUUGAAGGACAGGACAGCAACCGGCCAUCUGAACUAAAAGACCCUAACCAGCCCGAUUCUCUCAAUUCUUCAACACUGUCCAGUCCCCAGCCACUAACAUCAAGGAGGAGGAGCAUUCCUUUAGGCGAAUCCAUGGAGGAACCUGUAAAACUGCCCUUUCGCAUCCCACCUCCCCCUCUGGCCUCAGUUGAUAUUGAUGAGGAAUUUGAGUUCUCAGAACCCCUCCCCCCACCGCUGGAGUUUGCAAACAGUAUUGACAUUCCUGAUGACCAGGCUAGCGCCAUUGCAGAGAUGCUUCAGCAACAGAGACGGAAUGGAGGACCUAUUCUACCCCCAUACCACCCUCAUGCCCCACCACCUGUCACUGAUCAACACAGAAGGGUGGCAAACAGUAUACCCGCCUCAUAUCCUACUCCACCAGACCCAGAGUCAGGGGUAGGUGACUCAGGCAUUGAAGAAGUAGAUAGCCGCAGUAGUGGGGAUCCUCAGCACAUGGAGACCACUAGCACAGUUUCCAGCAUUUCCACCCUGUCAUCAGAAGGAGGCUUCUGUGAUAGUGCUUUGGAAAGCCUCUAUGCCACUGCAGAUGGGCAUGCCUUCCUGGUGGAUCGGCCCCCAGUGCCACCUAAACCCAAGGGCAAGUCUGUUAUUAAUAGAACAUCACUUUAUCAUGACGCUCUCAUUGAAGAGCCUCCAGAGUCUUAUGGGUCACCACCACAGGCCCCUAUUCCUCCUCCCUCAUCCUCUGAACCUCCUAGGACUCCCACUCAAAGGACCUCCAAGCUGUGGGGCGAUCAGCCCCCUGAGCUACGCAGUCCCCCAUCCACACCAGACUCCAAGAACACAGUUAUCACUGAGCUGAGCUCUAUUCUGCAGCAAAUGAAUCGUGACAGGCCAGCCAAGCCAGGAGAAAGCCUCGACUCCCCAACAGGCACCAGAGGGGGCUUUGGAACAAGGCCUCCCACAGAUGACUCAGGAAUGCGUAACAACGCUGCCGCCGCUACUGCCCUCACCUCAACCCCUCCCAGCAGCCUCCCAUCCCAGACGCACCCCUGCAGCCCACCAGACUCAGCCUCCUCCCUCACCCCCUGCUCCUCACUGCCUCCUUCUGUGUCACCCACCCUCACAGAUGUCUUCGGUCUGCCCACCCCACCUUUGGGCAGUGGUGGCGGCUACAGCCUGAGCUCCUCGUGUGGUGGCAGCGGGAGCUCGCGCUCCCCUUCUCCACUAACACUGAUGCAGGCAGUGGCGGCCUCAGGCAAGCCCUUCGCCUCCAAGCCCAUGGAGCUGUGGAGCAAACAUGACGUGGCAGACUGGCUGGAGAGUCUCAACCUGGGGGAGCACAGGGACGCUUUCCUGGACAAUGAGAUUGAGGGUGCUCACCUGCCCUCACUCCAGAAGGAGGACCUGAUAGACCUAGGCGUGACAAGAGUGGGCCACCGCAUGAACAUCGAGAGGGCCCUCAAGCUGCUGCAGGACAGACAAGCCCCGAGGUGACGGGCUGGUGACAUGUGGAGUCAGGGCCAAAGAGAGGGAAGUGUUACCAAUCACUUUUACCAAUCUCUUCAUCAGACAUAAUCUCAAGACAUGGAACUGGGUAGAAGUUUUGUCUAAGCUGAUGCUGCCUCUUGCUGUGUUUGUCCCCUCCCAUCCUCUGCUGUUGCCCUCAUCUCAGUGUGCUGGUCUUGUUCACCCUCUUCCUCCUUCCCACUGUCCUGAGCAUCAGGGGAUCAUGGGAUGUUUGGAAGAACUGCAGAGGGAGAAAGAAGACAAUAGCUGCUAUGUCAAAUCAAGGAGAGAGAAAGGAGGCCAGUAUGAAGGACUGUCCAGAAAACAACAAAUUCUGGAAUAGUUUGUCUUCAUACACUGGAAAAAACACUCAUCUGGAGGUUUAUUUCUCAUAAAGACUCGUGGUCACCUGACUGCUUUGGAUACUCAAGAUUUUUUCCAUACACCCUGGUUUGGGUGCAUGAAAACCCAGCUGAGCUGGUUGUUGCUCCUUUUCUAUCUUUGCUAGAGUUUGUUCAGAGAAUAUUUCUUCACUAUAGUCCUACCAGAGUUAUAUUUCUGGGUGCAUCUAAGGUUGUAGAGAACAAUUUGAGAUAGACUUCAUUUUAUUUAUUUAUUUUAUUUAUUUUAUUUUUUUUGCUUUUCACAUGUUUGUGUCAAAAUAACAGCAUUAGCUGACAUGUUUAAACUAAUACUAAUUCAUAUCUUGUGUCCAUGCAAACACACAGACGUGCACACUAUCUGCACAGUGCCACAAGCUGACAAAUGAGAUUACACAGUCUUCACAUCCUGAGAACUUACACACAUAUUGUUACUGUGAUGGCCUUCUUCCCCCAAGAGAGAGUAAAGUGUAGAGAGAAGUGGUUACCAGAGGAGGAGCACCGCUAAAGCUGGGGCCUUGGAGCCCUUUAGCAGCCUGUGCCUGCUUGGUGUCCACCUCAUGACUUGAGAAAAACCAACGCAAGGAUACAAGAUGGACGUACAAAUGUUGAAGCAGAAAUAAAUUCCUACCUUGAAAUGGUUGUGCCAGCUUCUUUGACAGUGCAUCUUUGUCCUCUCUUGGUUUUCCCUCUCCUAGUUCUAUGUGUGCAUGUGUGUGUCAGUAGUUCACCCAAAAUGCCAUUAAGCUCCAUUUAGCUAAUUCUUUGAGCCUGAUAUAUCGGACACUUAUAAGGAAACUAGAAGUAUUACUUUUGUAUUUUGACCAUUUUGUCAAAUCCUCUUCCACCUCGCUAAUAGCAGGUCAGCACCUUCACACAGUAUGGCGCUACAGUAAUACUAAUGUACCAGACACCCUGUGUGUAAGUGGUACAAGGUGAGGUUUUUGUAGGAAGAGUAUUACACUGUAUGUUUACAGGAUUCAUGCAUCAUUUUGGGAAAUCCACUUACUGGCUUUCUUGCUGUGUAAUGGAAAGAUCAGUAUCUUACUUACUCUCAUACUCGUCUCUGAGAUAGAGAGCUGGAGUGAAAAAAGUCCAUCUCCAUCCAUCUGUUUUUAUGCACAUUUUCAAUAUAAGCAGAAAAACAAUGUAGAUAUAUAGAAAAUCGAAAGAAUUAAAAAUAUAACCCAAAUGUGAUUGAUGGAGUUGGUAAUAGUAAUGUUUUCACAUGAUUUUUCUUAAUUUGGGCUUUGACUGGAACUUUUUUACUUCACGAAAGAGAGACUAUCCAGCAAUGCAUUUCACAAACUAGUACCAGCUUACCAUGAAGACACAGCUAGGUUCCUUUGCUAAAUGUGACAUGAUUCUAAUAAUGGAUUCAGACCUAAGGAUGGCCAUGAUUUUCUAAUAUUCAAAAACUCAAAGAUUUUUUUAUUUAUUUAAUAUUUUAUCCAACUAUUUUGUCCUAAAAUAAAUAUUUCCCUUCUUUUCACUGGUCCUUAGUAGGAUGAAACAUGUUGCUAUCACCAGAUGGCAGCAAUGCACCUAGAAGCUGUUUCCCAGUCACCAUUAAAAAGCAAAAAAUCCAUCUGGUUGACGCAGGGGUA